UUCGACGCUGCCACCGAGUUCAACUCGAUCAUGACGCUUUCACCUGUUGUUAUCUUUUCAAAGACCUAUUGUGGCUAUUCCAAGGCAUUGAAGAAGUUGCUCACGUCAGAGUACGAAUUGACGCCAAACCCUACAAUUGUGGAGUUGGAUAAACAUACACACGGCAGAGAGCUCCAGGAUUACAUCGCUGCGAAGACUGGGCGUAAGACCGUGCCAAAUCUAUUUGUCGGUGGUGUCUCAAGAGGAGGGUCGGAUGACAUAAAGAAGCUACACGACGAAGGCAGUCUAUCAAAGUAUUUGAACCAGUGGGGAAACAAACAGAUCAAAGUGUCAAAAGUCAGUGCUCCUUCAAACAGC